AGGAGUUUCCGACUACAUGUUCAACACUAUUAAAAGGGUAGAUAUGUACCCCAAGAGAAUCACAUUUACUCUUAAAGGACAAGAAGAAUUCAAGACUCUCUUUGGAGGAAUUAUCUCGCUGAUCAUCAAGAUAGUGAUCCUUCUGUACACCUACCAAAUGAUAUCCAUCAUGAUUACCAACAAGAAUAGUUCUAAAAAUGUGAACACCACUGUCCGUAAUAUUUUAAAUGACACAGAUCCUAUUAAUCUCACGUAAAUUCUCCUUCAAAACUAUCAGUGAUACAAAGUUUCAGUUUGCAGUCAGAGCCACGAUAGAUGGAUUUGAUUUUGACAUAUUCAAUGAACCAAGUUAUGGGACAGCUGCAAUCGAUCAAUUUUACUUGAACCAAACUUCGGGUAAUUCAUUUGAGAACCUUUUAGGAAUAACUAAUAAGGUCCCUAUUAGUGUCUCUAGAUGUGGAAACAAUUUUAGAUAUGACAAUCAGCAAGAGAUUGAUGAUCUCAAGCUUAAUGAAUUUUAUUGUCCUGACUCUAGAAAUUUCUCAGUGCUUGGAAACAUUCUCUCAGAAACUGUAUCAUAUUUCUCCUUCAGUAUUGCCAGGCAAGAGUAUGGUAUCAUUAGUAGGUGUGACAAUGAGACAAGUCCUGUUACUUGACAAUCAAAUGCCACAAUCGACUACAUCAUGACUCAGGUCCAGAUCAGACUCUAUGUUGAAAAAUGAAGCUGAAAUCCAAGACGAUUACUUUGCAUUCGCUCCUGGAGGAAAUAACAAAGAGUUCAUUGGCUUUGAUACAAUCAUAGAGCGAAUGGCUACGGAAGGGAACCCCGAUGAAAGCCUUCUUGCUAUCCGAUUCACUAAAGACCCAUCUUCAAAGUCUUACGAUCGUUCAGUCUUUACUGUCCUAGAAGCCUUUGGAAACGUCGGAGGUCUUCUUGAGAUAUUCUCGAUUGCUGGUGGACUCAUCGUUAGUUUAUUUGCAGAGAGACUGUUCUUUUACACAAUAUUCUCAAAGAUGUAUCUGCUUGAAGAAUCAGAGAAACCUUCUCAAGAUGAAAGAAUUCCAACAAACAAAGUUAUGAAUGCACCAAAACACAAAGAUUCUUCUGAAGCAAGUUUAAAAGAUAUAGAAUAUUCUCAUAGACAAUGUGAGAGAAAUGUUAACUUCGAUGAAAAUUACAAAGAGGAGCUGAGUGAAAAAGCAAAACAGUCUAUUCAGAGAAGAUAUAAUUACGAUUGGAGAAUUACUGACCUCUUCUACAAUGCUUGUGGAUACUUCAAGUUUAUGUUUCACUGUUGUGUCAAUAAAAAGAACAAUCUUAAUAUCAAAAGGAGACUUAAGUAUUACACCAAAGGGCAAGACAAGUAUGCUCAUGAAUUUGAUGCCGUAAGAUUCUGAAAGAACAUGAGGAAUCUCCAAGCACUUGUCAGAUCACUCCUAGAUGAUAGCGAGAAGUAUAUUAUCAAACAUCAGAGAUCCAAUGUGCUUACUUUUGAUGAAAGUGGGGAUGACACUGAUGUUCAAGCAGAUAAUGAUAAGAAAACUCCAAAAUUAUUUGCCAAUUUGGUCAAUAAGAUGCUUUACCGCAUCAAAAUUAACAAGUUCAUAAAUGAUUAUAUGAAUGAAGAAUGGACAGAGCAAGACUACAAACUUGUAUCAGGAGUGUUUAGCAAGAAAUCACUCAAAAAUAAUCAAAUAGAAACUAUGGUGGAUCAGAACCAUCAUAGAAGACCUUGUCUCACAGUAGCAAGCAUGCAAUCAAGUCUCAAGCCACCUAAUAUCAAAGAUACAGAAGAAUCAAAAGAUAAUGAUUCUGCAAUCUUCUACCCCCAAAAGUUAGCGACAUCCUCUAUUCUAAGCUUAAUGAAGCCCCCAAGUUCCAAAAUAUCCAAAGCUAGUUACAAUUAA